GACGACGGCUCCCCGCUCGACCUGUCAGGAAAGGGGCUCCUUGGGAAGCGGCGUCGCCGCGGCAACCUGCCCAAGGAGGCGGUGCAGAUACUUCAGAGCUGGCUGUACGAGCACCGCUUCAACGCCUACCCAUCAGAGCAGGAGAAACUCAGCCUGUCGGGCCAGACCAAGCUCUCUGUGCUGCAGAUAUGCAACUGGUUCAUCAACGCACGCCGCCGCCUUCUCCCCAGCCUGCUACGCAAGGACGGCAAAGAUCCCACCAAGUUCACCAUCUCCCGUAAGGUGGGUGGAAAAACUGAGGGCCAUUCGUCUACCGGAGGCAGAGCCAGCUCUCCAGAGAUAAAUACUUCCAGCGGCGCUCAACAGCGUCCAUCUGUGAUUCGCUCUGCCCCUACUUUGGACCUCAGCCUGCUGGGGAGCACAGCCACAGCCAUUCUGACGGGAGCGGGCUACCCCGGGAAGCAAGGCUCGGUCCAGGCGCUCAUGAAGUUGGACACUCAGAGCCUACUGAGGGAGGCAGAUGAAAGGGGGGCUCACACAGCUUGUGUCAGCAGCAUAACAUCAGCAGCUAGCUCUAGCAGUGGCCUCUUCAACACACCUCCCCCAACUCCCCCCGAGCUGUACCCCACACAGGACUUCAGUGACCUGAGGCUCCUGGUGGACGCUGCUCUGCAGAGGGCCGCAGAGCAGGAGAGCCAGAACAAACCCUCUGAGAUUGAAGUGGUACUCAGUGCUUGCAGCGACGACGCAGGCUCGAACCCACCGCCAGAUGAACAGAUCAUGGAUCCUUCCAGAGUGCAAAGUCUGAUGGAGAAGGCGAUGGCUGUUCCAGACUCUGCUGGGACUUUAGUUGAGUCUCCGGUCGUCGCACCUCUCUCAGGCUCAAGGAUAUCUUCUCUUCCAUUACACAAAGUCAUAUGGACCCCUUCAGAGAAAGCCUCUGUCGGACCAUCCAACCCAAACCAGCCUCAGCUCAUCCCAGCCCAUCUCCCAACCACAGCGCCGGCGUCUGCCUUAGUCCUGGGGCCGCCAGAUUUACAGAGACCAGGUGUAGUUCCAGCCGUCAGCCCAACCCCACAACUCGAUUCAUCUCAUCUCGUCUCGUCUCCCACCACAUGUCCUGUGAGCCCAUCAGAGCUGAAAACAAGGCCAGUUUUGGAAUCGCUCGUCUCUCCACCAGCCACAAGUCUCGUCUCAGUCUCCGAUGGGAGCUGGGAUUCAUCCCCGGCAGCAGCCGCCUCUCCUCCAUCGGUGACCUCGCACCAGCCCUCUAAAGAAGCCCCACUUCACCUGCCAUUCCACAAACCCAUCUUGAUCCCGGUAACGGCUCCAUGCAUGUUGCCUGCUUCAUCCUGCGCACCACCUGCAGGUCCCGUUUCAACCCCAGGGUGUGCCUCUGCCCCACUUCCCGUGUCAGCGAUGGUGCCUCGUCUGGGCCUCAGCACCCAGCUCCCCCCUCUGCAGCCCUCCUCCACAGGCAGCAGCAGCUCUCAGAGGAAUGCAGCCGCCGUGCCCAGUGUUUGGAGCAUGGUCCACACUAACGCCAGGCAGACCAGUUCCCUCCAGGUGAUGAAAACGUCCAUUGCCACAGUGUGGGGGCCGCAGCACAGCAUGCACACGUUGAGCGAACCUGUGAACUAGCUGCAGCAGGUUGUUAAGAGUCUAUGGUGGAGUGCAGACGGACUCUGUGAGACUGGACACUGUACGGGAGAAUGUAUGUUUAGCCUGAGUCUGCACAUCACACAGAGGAUGUAGUGUUUGAUGCACUGACAGUGGGAAAGCUGAUCAUUUCAUGACGCCUCGAGUUUAAAUGUUUUGAUUUUAUCUUCACGUGUUGCAUUAAAAGGAUAGUUUGGAUAUUCUGCGACAAAGUUAAAUAAUAUCUUACCUGUCGGAGGUCAUCUUUGAAAAUCCCGUUGGAGCAUAACUUAGACUAAAUUGAUG